UCAGCAACUUUGGCCCAAAAUGACAGCUCAAUAAAAGCACCAGGCACUACUAUGUCUGGGCCCACUCCUGAAACAAAUCGCACCGUUAACUAUGGUAUACACAUCGAUGGACAUGGCUGUAUAUAUAAAGUUCUCAAGUCCGCAAACGCACUGUACACCGUCAGUUGCCAUGCAUGGUGUCCAGAUGGAUAUUUUUACAAGCUUCCAAAGUUAACGCCUUGUCUACAAGUUGCCAAUGAUUUUGCUGAAAGAAGCUUAAGGUCCGAUGUAACUCAGUGCAUCAGAGGCAUUUGUGUACAUGGAAUAUGCAGACCUUAUCGUCGUCGAGUCAGCUGCCACGUACCAAUGGCCAGAAAACACUGCUGGGAUGACUACGGGAACUAUUACCUAAUGCGACGUUAGGCUUGCUGGUCAUUGUUGCUGUUAAUCAAUAAUUUCAGUUUAUUCGUUCAAUAAAUUGAACAGGGAAACCCUUAUUUUGUACCACAUGGUGUUCUAUAGAUAUUUAAAGUGCCCUUGUCAAGUGGGUCAAAUAUGUACCAACCGCUCCGUACUAACCGAAAGAGAGGGCGUCCUCUCUUUUAUAUAAUGGGAUAAAAUAUAUCGCGCACGGAAUGAAUAGCGCCAACUCAUUAUACCUUAGCCUGGAAAUAGCGGCUGGUAGUUUACUGUUGUAGUUUGAUCUUUGCUAAAACUUGUCACUCACCGUUGGAGACAUAAUGUGUGAUAGUUC